CAGUCAAAUCAAAUACAAAUCAACAAGCUGCCUCGAAAGUCAUGGCAAUCACAGGAAGUCAAUAGUUGUUUACACUGUAUUCGAAGCUGAAACUAAGAAAGAAUUACCUUCAACUAUUUGAGUCCCAUUGAGUAAACAAAAAGUAAUUAAUUUAAAUUGUGCUACAAAUGCCUUCCGGAGGGGAUCAAUACAAACCGUUGUCGGCUGCGAUGGGCAGCCCAAAACUGAAGACCGUCCCGAAAGCGAUCUACAACCACCUGCGAGGAUUUCCCGUCAUCAAUGGGGAAGUCACCGCGCUGUCAGCAAAAGUCCGCGAGUUUGUCGAGCAGUCCGCAGCGUUGUGCCAACCGGAGAAAAUUCACAUCGUCGAUGGUAGCGAACACGAGAGUAACUCCCUGCUGAUGAUGCUCCAAAGCCAAGGAACUAUCCAAGCCCUGCCGAAGUACGACAACUGCUGGCUUGCACGGACCAAUCCGGUAGAUGUGGCCAGGGUUGAGUCGAAAACUUUCAUUUGCACCGAGAAGCGUGAACAGGCAAUUCCUACCCCCCGGGAAGGUGCGAACGGCGCACUGGGCAAUUGGAUUGCACCGGAAGCGUACGAACAGGCAAUUCAGAUGCGUUUCCCUGGCUGUAUGAAAGGUCGAACGAUGUACGUAGUUCCGUUCUCCAUGGGCCCGAUUAGUUCGCCGUUGUCUAAGAUCGGAAUCGAGAUUACUGACUCAGCCUAUGUCGUCAAUUCGAUGCGCAUCAUGACCCGUAUGGGAGAUGAAGUUCUGUAUAAGCUGUCUGAUAAUUCGGACUUCGUGAAAUGCCUUCACUCGGUCGGAACACCCGCUAACGGUAAAAUUUCUAUGCCAUCGUGGCCCUGUGACCCGGAGCGUACCAUCAUACUGCACAAGCCGGGCAACAACGAAAUUGUGUCGUACGGAUCCGGUUAUGGCGGUAACUCACUUCUGGGCAAGAAAUGUUUCGCCCUUCGCAUCGGUAGCACUAUCGCCAAGCGCGAAGGUUGGCUGGCAGAGCACAUGCUAAUUCUCGGGAUCACCAACCCGAACGGCGAUAAGAAAUACAUCGCAGCUGCCUUUCCAUCCGCUUGCGGUAAGACAAAUCUGGCGAUGAUGAACCCGACUCUAACCGGUUACAAAGUGGAAUGCGUCGGUGAUGACAUCGCCUGGAUGAAGUUCGAUUCCAAAGGUCAGCUAAGAGCUAUCAAUCCGGAAAAUGGAUUUUUUGGAGUUGCCCCGGGAACGUCGUCAGCCACGAAUCCAAAUGCGAUGAGCACUAUCUACAAAAAUACACUGUUCACCAAUGUGGCGUCGACAUCGGACGGAGGUGUCUUCUGGGAAGGCAUGGAAGAUGAGCUCGCUCCGGGAGUGCAAAUUACCGACUGGCUAGGUCAACCGUGGAAGCUAGGGGAAUCGAAAACUCCUGCUGCUCAUCCGAACUCUCGAUUCUGCGCUCCGGCCAACCAGUGUCCUAUCAUUGAUCCUGCAUGGGAAGAUGACGAAGGUGUUCCCAUCUCUGCCAUCCUCUUCGGAGGCCGACGUCCGGAAGGAGUACCGUUGGUCUAUGAAGCUAACUCUUGGUCUCACGGAGUCUUUAUCGGAUCGUCGAUGCGCAGUGAAUCAACGGCAGCCGCCGAACACAAGGGCAAAGUAAUUAUGAACGAUCCAUUUGCAAUGCGACCAUUCUUCGGUUAUAACUUCGGUGAUUACCUGAGACACUGGCUAAGCAUGGAACAACGUGCGGCCUCGGCCGGUGGUGCUCUGCCGAAGAUUUUCCAUGUCAACUGGUUCCGAAAGAACGAACAAGGAAAGUUCCUUUGGCCCGGCUUCGGAGAUAACAGCCGAGUGUUGGAUUGGAUUCUUAGACGUGUGGAUGGCGAAGAUUGCUAUCAGCAAACACCCAUCGGACGGAUUCCAACACCAGGCUCGAUCAAUAUGAGUGGUUUACCGCAACGAGUCGACGAGAAGCAGUUAUUCUCAAUAUCGAAGAAAUUCUGGUUGAAGGAAGUGGAUGAAAUCAAACAAUACUACGACGCUCAGCUACCGUACGAUCUGCCCCCGGAAAUAGGCAAGGAACUCCAGGAGCUGAAGAGUAGAGUAGAAGAAAUGUAACGACUGUAUGAGCCACAUGCAAAACUAAUGUAAAUAAUUCUAUGUAGAUAGUUAGUCAUAACAAUUCUAGAAGUAAGAAUUUGUUCAAAGUAAUGUAUUAUAUAUUUAAACUAGAGUGAUUUAAGAUAGUUGUACUUUGAAAAUACAGGUUUAAAACUUUA